AAUUCAAGAUUGUCUGGAAUCUCCAGGUAUCACUGUAAACAGAGCAUGGACAAACAGGACUGAGAAGUCAAGUUCAGAAGAUGGGAGGCCACGGCAACUAUAACAAAGCCACAAAAACAGCAAGAACUCGCGUGCGUAAAAAGCCUCCACAUGCACAGACCUGGCAACAUUUUAACAUGAGCAAGAUCCAGGAGAAUCAAAAGCGAAUUUGUCAGAUUGAGACAGAUAAUAAGAAGCUGAUGGAGCGCCUAGCUGCAAUACAGCGAGGGACAGGGAGGCUACACUACUGGAAUGAACACUUUCAAAGGAGCUCAAAUAGAGAAGCACAGAACAGGAAAAUACUGACAAUCACCGUGGAAAAUCAGGGAAUUUUGAAAAGGCUUCUUGAGUGUAAGCCUACCUAUGAUCAAAAGAAGUUUGAGACUGGGUGGCAGGCAUGUAUUCGAUUAUUAUUUUUUUUUUUUUGUAUAAAUACUAUUUUGUUAUAUCUUCAAACUAAAUAUAUUGUGUAUAUUAUAUUCUAAAUAAUAUUACAUAAUGUAUAAUGUGUUUUUACGAUAGCUAUUUAACUGUAUAUUGAAGUAGAGAAAACUAUCUUAAAAUCAAAGUAGUGAAGUGUUAGGUGCAAGCAGAGCAUUUUCUAGAACAAAACUAAGAUAGAAAUCUGGGCUAAAGUGCUGAAUGUAUGAAAGAAAGCAUGCACGGGCUUAGUGGCAAUAGCCUUGCUGAAGUUGAAUUUUGUUGCUAUUUUAUUCUGAUAUUCUCAAUAAGCGUUACCGAUAUUUUAGUAUAAAGAACAAUUUGCUAUUAUAUACAUUCCAGAUUAACAUUGUUAUAUAUGGAUUUUUUCUUGUACAUGCUUCUUUGAAAGUACAUUAGUUUUCUAAUUCUGAAAAAAAUAAAAUAAAAACAAGUUAUAAUUUACCUGUCAACAGAAUUACUGGCCUUUCUCAUUUUCUGAGAGGCUUAGAUUUACAAGUGCAAGAAGUUGUGUCCCAGAA